UUUCUGUGAUUUUCGACAUUUUAUUAAAAUUCAAAAACCUAACCUCACUUUUUGUAAUUUAAAUCAAGAUGAGUAAUUUAUUAAAGCAAUUGCAGUCAAUGUACGAGCUUGAGUUGUACUCAAACAUAUCCCGCGUGUGCGAUUUGGCCCUGUCUGCGUCUGACCAAAAACCGGAGUGUUUGCCCCCUUUACAAAAAUUCCAGCUGCUCCUACUCUACGCCGAUUCGUUAUAUGAAACCCAACAGUAUGCCCAAUCUGAAAAUUUGUACCGGCAGGCGUUACAACUCCGCAAGCACCUUUUAAAAAAUAAAUCAAUGUCUAAUAAAAUCACCGAGAGUCAGCCCGAAUUGAGCAGUGAUGUUGAGAUCAGGUUCAAGAUACACAAGUGUUGCAUGGCUCUCAAGCAGGUGAACGAGGCCAUUGAGAUGUUGCAGUCGAUUCAAGCCCGUUUGAGGACCCCCAAAAUCAACAUGGCGCUUGGGAAUUUGUACUCAGAGGCCGGGAUGGAGCGGUCCGCGAUCACCUGCUACAAAGAGGUGCUCCGCGAGUGUCCUCUAGCCCUGGAAGCGGUGGAAAAUUUGCUCAAACUGGGGGUAAAAGGGGUCGAAGUGAACGCACUAAUGGUCGAGGCCACUUCGGAAGUGACUUGGUUGAAUUUGUGGCUCAAAGCGCAAGCCCAGUUGCACUCCCGUGACUUCGAAAACGCCCUCCAGACCUACAAAAGCAUGGACACUCACGGCUUGCUCAAAGACAACACCUCGGUUUUGGCCAAUCUUGGCUACUGCUACCACUACAUGUGCGAGGACGAGGCUGCGAUUGGGGUCCUGCAGCGCGCAGUGAAGCUCGACCAGAACCUAGUCUUCGGGCGGGACUUGCUGGCGACGCUUUUGGCCAGUUCGGGGACCUCGGAACACGUGGAGGACCUCGAGAGUCUAAUCCCGACCUCGGACAUGUCCCUCUGGACGAGCGAGCAUUGGGUCGUGAUUGGGAAUCUGAUGUAUUCGACGAGACGGCACGAAAAGGCCGUUUAUUUCGCCCAACAGGCCCUUUACGCCUCCCAAUCGAAGAACAUCGAGGCGUUGCUCCUCAAAGCCAAGACGCUUCUGGAGCUGAACAAGUACCAAGACGCCGCCCACCACUGCACCGAGGCCCUCCAGAUCUGCCCCUUUCGGUACGACUUGCACCAGUGCGUGGUGGAGUGCUACAUGAAGAUGAACCGGCUGCGCGAGGCCGAGUCGAUGGCGCAGAACGCCUGCAAACAGCUCAACUACAGCCCGCAUUCGGUGACGUUGCACGCCUCCGUCUUGCUCAAAGACCCGAUGACGUCCGGGAAAGCCGUACGAAAGCUCCUGGAGAAGGCCGUAGGGCAGGAGAAGACGUUCUCCACCAAGGCCGUCUGUAUGCUCGUGGAGUUGCUCGAGCAGGAGCAGCAGUAUGACCAAGCGCGCCAACUCCUCUUGAAACACGUCGAGCAGCACCCCACGUCGCGGAUCCACCAAAUGCUCGGCGACUGUUAUGUCAAUUUGCACAAAGACGAGGAGGCUUUCCACCAUUACAACGUCGCCCUACGGCUCGACCCGGCCAAUCAGAGGGCGAGCGAGGGCUUGAGUUGCAUCGGACGUAACUUGUCUUUAAGCAAAAGGGAGAGUUACUACACGUGCGUGGGGGAGACGUCGUACACGUCGCCAGGGACGAGUGCCUCCGAGGAUGAUGUUUUUGUCCAAAACGAUACCGAACCCUGGCCUACUAAUAUGAGUUUUUAGGAUAUCCCUAAUAACAAUUUUUUUUUUACAAUAAAAAUAUUUAAAGUCA